UUAUCCGCGUCGCAUUCUCUCUGUUUCGCGCGCGUCUGGCCGGCGGCGUGGCGUGUUUUAAUUAUUUCUGGUUUUGUUCUUGUAUGAUCACCUGUUUCUGCAGUCACUUAAGAUAUAUCAUUUUUUGACACAGGUCGAUGAUCACUUACAACCAUCUUAGCAACAUGAAUGGUCGCAGAGACAGGUCCCCGCUGCGCGAUCGGGAGGGCAUGCGGAACGACCGUGACUCUCGCGGUGACCGGGACCGCGGACCACGCCGGUUCGGCGGCGACCGCGACCGCGACCGCUCCGGACCGCCGCCGCGGGACCGGCCCCCUGCCGGCGGCGCUGGCAGGCGUGGACGUCCGGAGCGGCGCGUCUACGUUUCAAACAUUCCAUUCGACUUCCGCUGGCAGGAACUGAAGGACCUUUUCCGGCAUGAAGUGGGCGAGGUCUCUUAUGUCGAGGUGUUUACCGACGAUACCGGCAAGUCGCGCGGCUGUGGCAUCAUCGAGUUCGACUCCAACGAGCUGGUCGACAUUGCCUUGGAGAAGAUGCACCGCUACGAUCUCAACGGUCGCAAGAUUGUCGUCAAGGAGCUGGACGCGGUGCGUCGACAGGACUUUGGCGUGGAGCGCGACCGGUACGGGCGCAUCCUGCGCGACGGCGUGCCGCACGGCGACAUCGGCGUGGGCGGCCGCGGCGGCCACCCGCGCGCCGGAGACAUGGGCAGGGACGGCCGGCGCGGCUUCCUCGGCGACGGGCCGCCGUCCGGCCCGGCCGUGCCGCCAGAGGCCAAGUACACCAACACAUACGGCCUCAACGUCAGCUUCCUGGAGAGCCUCGGCAUCGACGGCCCGCUCGUCAACCGGGUGUUCGUGGCUAACUUGAUCUACAGCGUGGACGAGAAGCAGCUAAAGGAGGUGUUCGGCCUGGCCGGCAAGGUGGUCUCCGUGUCCAUCAACAAGGACCGCGAGGGCAACAGCAAGGGCCACGGCGUGGUUGAGUUCGAACACCCCGUGGAGGCGGUGCAGGCCAUCUCUAUGCUCAACAACCAGAUGUAUAUGGACCGCGUCAUCAGCGUGCGGAUGGACCGGGUGGCCGAGCGUAAGGACCGCGACACCGGCCCGGCGCUGCCGCCGGGACUGUCCGGACUCGGCCUCGGACUCGGCUCCAACGGAAAACCCCUCGCCGACGUGGCCAGCAAACUCGUCUCUUCGUCUGUUCCCGCAGAGGCGCAACAGCAGCAGAUGGCCGUGCCGGCGCCGGCGCCGGCCGCCGCUCAGCUGGGUGGCCUGGGCGGCCUGACCAACCUCACCGCCGCCAACGGGGCGGCCGCGCUCGGCCUGAUGGGCGCUGCGCCCGGAGCCGCUGCCGCAGGGUUCCCGGUCGGUGUGCCGAUGGUGAGCGCCGCCGGCGGUGUCGGACUCGGCGCACUGGGCGGCCUCACCUCUCUGGGGGCCACCGGCGGCCUGGGCCAGCUGGGCGCCGCCUCUCAGCUCGGCCAGCUGCCGCAGCCGGGCCUGUCGCAGCUCGGCGGCGGACUGCCGGCCGCCGCCACCGCCCCCGCCGGCGGAUUCGGCGGCGGCGACGACCUGCGCGGCAUGGGCGGUCGCGGCGGCGGCCUGGACCGGGGCGGCGACCCGGGCCGCUCGGGCCGGCCCAGCUACGGCGGCGGUGGCGGCUUCGGCUCGUCCGACUACAACAGCGGCUCGUCGCGCAACUUCUCCGACUCCAUCAUCGUCAGUAACCUGGACCCGGGAUUCACGUGGCAGAUGCUGCGCGACCAUUUCCGAGAGGCGGGCGAGGUACGCUACGCCGACAUGAAGGGCAAGGGCGUCGGCGUGGUGCGCUUCUCCAGUCCGCAUGAGGCGCAGCGGGCCAUCAGCCUGAUGGACGGCUCGCGCUGUGACGGCCGCACCAUCGACGUCCGCUCCUACUGAGCCCCCGGCCCGCCGCGCAUCAACUGCCGCCCACGGGCGGCCCAUCACCUGCGGAUUUUACUGAAGCUUUGCGAUUCUCGCUGAAGAGGCGCUCUUCCUGAGCGGGGUGGGUUUCCUCUGACGCGCUGUAUAGAGACCUCUCGCCGGCUGGCGGGCCGACCUGGCGACCCAGCGCUGCCAGCGGCGUGGCAGCGGGGAGGCGCCGGGACCGGUCGGCCGGAACGGGAACUUGCUCGCUCCUCGAGCUCAGCCGUCGGUGUUUUCGGCGCCCGCUCGGGACUCUCUGUCUGUCUGUGUCUGCUAGCGUCCGUCUGCGUUUCUGACUGGCGUCCAGCGGUCUGGCGUCUCCACCACAUUGGCAGCCGGCGGCGUCUGAGCGGCGCGGCACCGGCCGACCGCCAGCGGCGUCUGCCACCGGGCUCCAGCGGCAGUCGGAGGCCGCCGGCUGUCGGCAGCGUUCAUGUAUCACCCGGUGUUCAUUUAGCGCAGAGACGUACAAAUACAUAAAAUGCCUCGG